AUGUUGAGAUCAGUGCUUUUUCUAUUCGCGGGCGUUUUCUUCGCUGCGUGCUUGACAUCGGUCAUGAGUGAUGAGCCAACGACGGACUUGCCGAUAUGCGAGCAGGCUUUUGGCGAUGCGGGUCUUUGUUUCGGCUAUAUGAAACUAUACUCGUACAACCAGGAGACGAAGAACUGUGAAGAAUUCAUUUACGGAGGCUGCCAAGGGAAUGAUAAUCGUUUCAGCACAUUGGCCGAAUGCGAACAGAAAUGCAUAAACUAA